AUGGCGGUGGGUGGGUCGAUGCAGCACAGGAGCCCGAGGACGCAUAGGGAAUCUGUCUAUCGUUCAUAUAUAGAUUUGUUGGCCGACGAUUCCCCUAGUACUGUUCCGGAGACUCAGUACGCCGGCAUCGAGACUUUUUUGAGGAGUUUGGGAGCGGAGUUGAGGCUAUCGCCGAUCCGUGAGGCUCCCGAUGAGGCGGAGCUUACUGCAAGGAGCAGGAGCAAAGGCAAGGGCAAGACUAGGGGCGGAGGUAGGGGCAAGGGCAAAGUCCCGAUCUGGAUCGUGUGGGAAAAUUUCGCGCUUGCGAAGGCCUGGGUCGGUGUAGUAGAGGAUCCCUAUGUCGGGCCGAACCAGUAUGUUGACCGAUUGUGGCUUCGCAUUAGUGAGGCCUGCCGCAUAUGCAAACCGUGCGGAGCGAAGCCUCGCACUUCCGAGCAAUGCCGGAAACAGUGGCUUCGGUUGAGGCCUAAGCUCAGUCGUUUUGCCGCCCUCUACCAAAACAACAUGCGCAUGACAACCAACGGCAUGUCUGAGGAUGAUGUGAAGAGACGAGCAUUGGCCCAAUACCCCGACAAAGAAUUUAAGUUCAAAGAGUUUGACCAGUGGGAGGCCUUUCUCGUGGUCAAGGAAUCGCAAAAGUUUGUUGUGGGUGUCGAUCCGGGCUGGAAGCGGACGAAGAUCAACUCUUCCGGUGAGUACAGCAGCAGUGCUGGUUCGCACUAG